AUGUAUAAUCAAGAGCCCGCCUUGCCAAAGACUGGAUUCGAUGCUUUAAUUGUCAGUUCUACAGAAGAAGUCACCAAAAUAGAGGAAUGUGAAAUCGAAGACGACUUGAAUAAUGCCAAAGAAACCUUGGAUAAUGUCAAAAAAAGUGAAUUUUUGAACAAUGACAUUUCACCAAAGGUUACCAAUGCCACCAGCAGGGAAAUUACCAAUCAUCGCUUCAAUCGUGAAGCUUCAUACAAUUUUAACACUUUGGAUGGAGCAGCCCUUGAUGAACUUUUUGGCAUUGAUGAUGUUUUUGAAUUAGAGCCUGUCAUACUGAGUAUCGAUUCUGACCUGCCCCCACUUUUCAAACAGCCUUCGCGAAAGAAAUAUCCUUCCAAAGGCCAUUAUAUUGGUAAAAGUUUCAAGCCAGACUCUUACCUAUCUUUCCAAAAAUAUUACCUGGCUAAUGAUAGUGCGUACAAUUGUUAUCUAAGAACUUCUAAGAAAAGGGAAGCCAAUAGGAACUCUAGAAGACUAAUCAAAGAGAGCCAACAUAGAUUACAAAAAAUCAGAUCGGUUUAUGAUUCCGUCAAGAAAUGGUCUGCUACCACUUCCAAACCAACGAGCAAUGAAGAUUGUAGCGGCCAAAGGAUAAGACAACGCGCCGCUACUUUGAGGAGCGAGUGUGGCAGUUUUGUUUCUUCCCGGUUGCCAUCAAUUAGAGUUUAUACUUCACAUUCCAGAAUCGAUGAGUGCAUUUUGGACUCUGGGGUAUCUUGGCAAGAACAAGUAGCGAAUCUUCUUUUCGUUGGAGUGCCUAAAAAAGAGCAAGUGGCUGGGAAAGAUUAUCAUGAUGCCCAACGAAUCCUCAAAAGUCGGUCAGUGGAUGGUGAUAAUGGACAAUUUUCAUAA